CGAUCUCAACCGUUUCUGGCGAAGUCCAAAAAUUCACAUUAUUGCGAAAAUGGUGGGUCGACGACACUCCCACUUCUUCUUCUCCCUCCUCUCACUUCCCUCUCAUCGCAUUACUAUUCCACUCUACUACCGUCUUCUCCUCCUCCUCUGCUUCCCCCUCGCACUCGCUCUCGUCCCUCCUGUCCCGCCUUCCAAUUACGGCGGCGGCGGCGAUGGCGGCGCGUCGGUGCUCAGCCUGCCGCGCAACAAGUCCCUCCGAUUCUCCGCCGGCGCCGGCGCGGCGUUCAAGAUCGCGAUCUUCGCCGAUCUGCACUACGGCGAGAACGCCUGGACGGACUGGGGGCCGCAGCAGGACGCCAACUCCGACCGCGUCUUGUCCGCCGUCCUUGACAAGGAGAAUCCAGACUUUGUAAUCUACCUAGGGGAUGUUGUCACUGCUAACAAUCUUCCAAUUCCUAAUGCAAGCCUGUACUGGGACCGGGCAAUUUCUGCGACGAGAAGCCGAGGGAUCCCCUGGGCCACAGUUUUUGGGAACCAUGAUGAUGCGGCAUUCGAGUGGCCAUCUGACUGGUUUUCUUCCAGCGGAAUCCCAGAAGUUCGUUGUCCGACAGCAAACAUCUCAUCUACAGGAGCAGAACAAUGCAGCUUCAGAGGAACUCCGAGAAUCGACUUAAUGAAUACGGAGAUCAACAACAACAGGUUAUCUUAUUCAGCAACUGGCCCCAAGGAGCUUUGGCCGAGCGUUUCGAAUUACGUGUUACAAAUAUUAUCAUCUAAAGAGAUGGAUCCUGUUGCACUUCUCUAUUUCCUUGAUUCCGGCGGUGGGUCCUAUCCAGAAGUCAUAUCUAAUGCCCAAGCUAAAUGGUUUCAGGCACAAUCGCAAAUUAUUAACCCGAACGGAAAGGUCCCCGAGAUUAUCUUUUGGCAUAUUCCGAGUAUUGCAUUUUCGAAGGUAGCUCCUAAGCCUAAUUCUGAAAUAGACAAACCCUGUGUUGGUUCAAUCAACUUAGAAAGUGUGGCUCCGCAAGACGCCGAGUGGGGGAUCAUGGAUAUUCUUGCUAAGAGGCCUUCUGUUAAGGCAAUCUUUUCUGGCCACAAUCAUGGGUUGGAUUGGUGCUGCCCCUACCAGAAAUUGUGGUUGUGCUUCGCUCGCCACACCGGCUAUGGCGGCUAUGGAGAUUGGCCCCGAGGAGCAAGAAUCAUCGAAAUUACGGAGCAACCGUUCUCAUUAAAAUCAUGGAUAAGGAUGGAGAAUGGUACUGAGCAUAGUGAUCUCAUCUUGAGUUCCUAAAUUACUCGCUUUAAUCAGGCAAUAUAUAUGUUUCAUCUCUUUUAUUAUUUUUUGUAUACAAAAUUACAAAUGUAAUUGGCAUAUUAUCUCCCGUAUAUAGUGGAUAAUACUUCAACCCCGCGCAUUUUGGAUA